CCCCUCUCUCCUGCAUUUCUUUACUCCUCAUCCUCAAACACAUUCUCAUACUUCCUACUUUCCAAGCCCCAGCCAACUGCAAUCCAACACCACAGUAACUACUACGAAUAGUUACUGCCUACUCCAACAAACAAAACCAUCUCCCGUCUUGCCCUAAGCCUUAUAGUGAGAGACGGCCUUAAAGUCCGCCCUCCAGUCUCUUUACAUACAGUCAGAGUGUCUCCUCUCGAGCCUUUUUCUCGUUUCCUUUGGCCUCCGCUCCCCCCGACCAUUCGGGAUAUCCUCCGUCGUCGACGAAACCCCCGCGGGCGACCCCAGUUGCGCCGCACUAACACCAUGCCCGCCCCUAUCGUCGAAAACGUCGCCGAGCCCGUCGUGGCCGUGCGCGAUCUGGAGGCCGACGAGGAGUACGUGAUGCUUGCCUUUGAGCGCCACGCCGACCAUUGCGCCCAGUGUGUGGACCCGCUGCGGGUCCACGAAGAGAACGGUUCCCUCUGCGAUCGCGGCCACCAGUAUGCGCUGAACGUCGCCGAGUACCUGUACAGCAAGAACGGCAAGGCCUACUCGGUCGUCGACCGCGAGGUCAACCAGCCGACCCUCGUCAAGAUCCCUCGCAACUGCCUGGCCGUUCGCGGUCUGCUGCUGGCCAUGGAAGACGGCCUGCACCUGCACCGCCAGGAGCAGGAGUUGCCCGCCGCCGUCCAGCCACCCGUCAUCAGCUACGACGCAACGUACCCCAUCCCACCCCGUCGCACGGCGACCCAGCCUGCGCCGGUGAUCCACCACGAGGUGAUUGAGCGGGAGCCUCGCACGCUCAAGCGACGCCGGGUCAUUGUCUACCCAUCGCCUCGUGAUUCGCCUCGUGACUCUCCCAGCCGGGGCUCUCUCUACGAGGCCGACGUGGCCGACCGCGUCGAGCGACAAAAGGAGUCCUCGCGCAUCUAUCGCCCGGCCGAAUAUCACCGCUGAUCGGGUCAAUUUUUUAUAUUACAC